GCAACGUGUGCGCGCGCAGUCUCCCCGGUCCGAGUGAAGGAGAUGCGUGGAAACAGAAGCGGUCACGGAUAAAACCUCGAGCCGCUCGGAGAGGCGCUGAACGCGGACAGGACGCCGGGAUGAGAGUCGCCGAGGAACUCACAGGAUAGGCGGCGAUGUGAGACUCAUACUUGCCGCUUCUGGUGACUUACGUCGACGAUGUUCCUCUCUUGGUCGGUGACGGUCGUCGCGGUCGCCUUGCUGGUCGCGCAGCAGUGCGCAGGUGAGGACAACCACAGGAAGUCCUGCGAGUCGUGGUCCGAUGCCGGAGACGUGGUGCAGCGAGGCUCCAGCUUCGUGGUGUACUGCACCUUCAUCCCCAGAUGUAGGACCCAGAGAUCCAUGUACAUCCACAACGGCAUCAAAUCCGCGCACGAACAACACAACGACACAACCAUAUUCCUGAAAGUGGAGAACAUUACGGAGAACAGGACAUACAGCUGUUCGUCUGAAUGCAACCCAGUGCUGGACAUCUGUGGCCUGGACGUCGCAGCUGGAUAUCCACCGGAUCAGCCCAAAAGCAUCUUAUGCAUCUACAGGAUCCUCAAAUAUGACACUGGGAGUGUGAAUUGCUCCUGGGACAGAGGAAGAGACACUUACCUUGUCAACCACUUCACGGUGGAGGUUGGAACUGUAAGUGGAAACCAAACGGGACGACUGGUUUUGUCCGGCAAGGCAAUUGAGGGGACGUCUGCCAGUUUCACUUUGCCCAGAUCUGUCCAGCUCGUGUCGGUGCAGAUUCGAGCUCAGAACACCCUGGGUUCUGCUAAAUCCUCCAUUGUCAGCUACAACCUCAGUGACAUCGUGAUGCCAUCGACGCCCAUUGUUGAUCAAGUCGAGUGCUCUUCCAGGAACUGCACCAUCAAAGUGCAACAGCCUGCGAGGACUAAGCAUCUGCAGGUCCAGUACCGAGGCGAGCGGCACCAUGACUGGACAACUUAUCCAGACUCUGCUGGGCUGACGACUUCAUUCGAGGCCAAGCUCGUCUCCUCCUUGGAGCCCUGCAGCGUGUACCGUUUCAGAGCGAGGUCCAGAUUCAGCACCGGGCUGUGGAGCCGGUGGAGCUCAGCUGUCUCCAGCGCGACUAAAGAAGAGGCUCCUGAACAACAUCUGGACGUGUGGCUCGCUGCUGGCCCCGACUUCAGAUCCAUGAGAGUCUACUGGAACGAGUCCAACAUGUCCGUCUGCAGAGGGAGCAUCGUGCAGUACGCCAUCACAGUGAGCAGCAACAACCUGACGGUCGUCACGAACGUCAGCGCUGACGCGAGGAACCGCUCGGUCCCGUUCUGCUCCCGCUGCGAAGUGACGGUGCAGGCCGUGAACUCUAAAGGCUCGUCGCCUCCUGCAACCAUGACAACGCGCCACACCUCAGCCAAGCCGAUUCUUGAUGUUCAAGUAACUCCGGGGAACCACACUGUCGCCAUCUCCUGGAGAAAAGCUGAAACUGCACCCGCCUACUCCGUGGUGGAGUGGUACCCUGAGGGGCACGUGUUGGACGAGCUCAGAUGGGCCAGACUGGAUGGGAAUGAAAACUUCCUCACCGUCACGGAUAUUAAUCCAUGGGAGUGCUAUGAAGGAGCGGUGUACGUUUUCUACAACCAGAGCUCCGUCAGCAGGACCAGCUUUAAACGGAUCGCCGCGUUGGAAGCAGCUCCGGAAACGGGUCCGUCGGCCCAAGAAAAGGUGGAGGGAAAUACGGUGACGGUGUCUUGGACGCAGCUGCGCAGGGCGCAGCGCAGGGGAUGCAUCACAAAGUUCACCAUCUACCUGCAGAACAGCCAAGGAGUCCAGAAGCUUUACUCGGCGGCAGCGUCACAGAGGUCGUAUCCCAUCCAAGGUCUCUCUCCUGAUUCCUACAGUUUGUGGAUGAGCGCUUCCACUUCGAAAGGAGAAGGUCCUCCCGGUCAGAAGAUCAAGUUCUACAUCGAGGAAGACGACCAUCUCUCCCCAGUGCUGAUGUGUGUGUUCAUCUCCGUGAUGGUGCUGUUUGCUCUGUGUCUGUGGAAGAGCUCAGCAGUCAAGCAUAGGUUCAAAGACAUUUUCCAGUGUCUGAUGCCUGAUGUUGUGCCAGAUCCUGCAAACAGCAAGUGGGCAAGAGAGUGCACCAAAGAGAAGGGCAAGAUGGACCUGCAUCUCCCGUCUCACAACUCCAGUUUCACUGACCCAGAAGAAGAGACCAUCCUGGUGGACGUGGAGGAGCUCUGCAGGCGGAUGGAGGACUUCUCCUCGCCCAGGAGCGACGGCGUGGCGUUCCCUCCCGAGAGCGGCGCGGGCCAAGAGACCGAGCUGUCGGCUCUGCUCUACCCUCCUCUGACCACCUACAUCAAAAGCCUCUCGCACGACUCGGACAGCUCCGGCCACACGCAGACCUCCCUGGACACGACCGUCGACUACAUCUCGUCCCACGGGCAGGACAAUCUGGACAACUCGGACCAGGAGGAGGAGGAGGAGUUUCCCGGGAUGCAGUUUUUCCCCAGCCUCAGCAUGCUCAUGGAGCCCGUGGGGUUUGGAGGGAAGCUGACCUUGGACGCGGUGAAAAUCGACUGCGGCGACUUCUUUCAGAACGCUUAGAGCGACCCGCCCAGCCUCUCCGAAUUGAACUCUCGUCCAUGAUGUGCAUGAACUACCUCCGUUGCUUUUAGAAAUCACAAAGAACUGCCAAGCUUCAGUUCAGCAGAAAUCCUCUCUGGCAUUACAAUUGUUUUCCAAUGGCACGUCUAUGGACACACUAAGCAGAACUAAAAGGAAGAGACAAGAGGGAUUUUACUAAGAUUUAAUCUCUAAAAGGCAGAUUGGACUUCUCUUUGUAGGAGGACGGUAUCGUAACGGCAUCAUCGUCUGUCAUGAACUUUAGGAUCUACGCCUAUUCUUCCUGUUUCACCCGCAGAUGUCUUCUGUUUAAAAAAGGCUACAUGUUUUGUUUUUUUUGUUUUUUUAAAUACUGCUGUUCAUUAAUUGCUACGCUCUUCAUUCUACCUCAAUGUGGAUGCAAAUUUGAUCAAAUUAAAACCGUUUGAUUUGUCAGACUAAAAUCAUUGAGCACAGUGAAACUUUCAGUUU